GUGGGCUAAUUGCCUACUGUGGUUUUGUAUAUUUAUGGGCUUAAUUGUUUACGUGUGUGUUUGUUUAAUUGUUUGUCAGAGGACAACUUGCUGUAGUCGGUUCUCUCCUUACACCUUGUGAACCCUGGAGAUCCAGCUCAGGCUUGAUGGCAGGUGCCCUUCCCUUACCCAGCCAUGUCGCCAUCUACCAUUUUUUAAAAGACAGGGUCUAGCUGUGUAGGUCAGGCUGGCCUCAAAUUCCUGGCAAUCCCCUUCCUCAGGCUCUGCUUCUUAAGGUAGCCUGAGCUACCUUGGAAUGUUCUUCCCUUAGUUUGCCAUGGGUUUUCCUUGUCUUAGCUCAUCAAAUUUUCCUCGAAGCCCAGUCUGGAUGAGCAGAGGGAGGCCUGUAAAGUAGAGGUGAUUGGUCCAAGAACUUUCACCCUGGACUGGCUGAGGCAAGACUCUGGCCCUGGAGCACCAUGCCUGGGCCCCUCAGAGCUCUGCCUGGCUGCAAGCCUGUUCAAUCAGGAGCUUGGUGCCCACAAGUGGACUCUGAACUUGUUGGAGAGCUGCAUGCCCAGAUAAGUGGGGAGCAGGUGCUCCAUCCAGGCUAGGCUGGAGCUGGGCUCUGCUGCUUUCUGGCCUCUUUCCUACCUGAGCUGGAUGUAGCAGGCAGGCAGGGGCUUAGCUGGAUCUCCUGUCUGCUGACCUUGGACCAGGGUGGCACACUUGGGCAGUUGGGGGAAGGUGGCCGAUGACUGCUCUGUCAGUCAUAGUUGUGUGUAGGGACUCCAAAGUUAGUGCCUGACCUGGGCUGUUUGCCCAGAGCCUCAAUUUCCCCAUAGGUGGAUGUGGGAUGGAGAACAGACCCCCUUGCCUUGUGGUUGACCAAGGUGAGCUAGCACUGGCUCUGUCCAACAGGCUCCUGCGGACCUGCUACACGCCUGGCACUUGAAUCCAGACAGAAAAACCCUGCCUUCCUGGAGCAGGCACAAAUGACUCAGAUGCAGAAACAGAGCUCCAGAGAGAAUAAUUGUGCCUGGGGUGACCCAGCCUGGACACUGCAGAGCUGACGUGUGAACCAGUGAGCAGGGUGGGAGCUGGGGAGAGAAACAGGCUCAGAGAGAGACAGAAACAGGCUCAGAGAGAGACAGCCUGCAUACUCAGUCACACAGUACAAGGAGGCAGGGUGGGGACUAAAUACUCUGAGCCUUCAGGGGCUGAGACCCACUGCUCUGUUGGAUAAGUUGGUCCUAGCUUCUAACUCAGCUGGAAGCUGUCCCUGACUGUGAUAUGAAAGGCAUGAAGAAUCCAGAAAAUAAGCAUUAGCUUGGUAGCAGUUUCUCCCUCCACCCUGGGUCAGGUGGCCCAGCUGGGCCCCAAAGAGCCAUCACCCAGACCUCAUUCCUCCAGGCCUCAAGUAAGGCACCACCCAGGAAGGGGAGCAAACACUGAGUGCCUACUGUAUUCCAGGCACUUUACAUACUUCGCUUCUUAAAAAUUGUAGCUACAAUUUACAUAGGGUCAAGCUGUGGCAAGAGAGCACGGGUGCAGGUCCUUUUCAUGUGGCAGAGAUGUCUCAGGGAAGGCAUGGCCACACUGGGAACCCAUGUGCCACCUCCCCAUAAGUCCUGCUUGGCCCCAACAUGUAGUCUUUGGGUAGUAGAUGGGAGUUAGAGUGUUCUGUGCUCUGUGAAUGAGCGCCAGUAUGCACUGUGCCUUCCUGCCUGUCAGUCUGGACUGAGCCUUCGGCUAUUUAUUUAUUUAUUUAUUAUUUAUUAUUUUUUGUCUUUUUUGAGACAGGGUCUCCCUGUAGCUCCAGCUGUCCUGAAACUCACUGUGUAGACCAGGCUGGGCUUGAACUCACAAAGAUCCUCCUGCCUCUGCCUCCCAAGUGCUGGGAUUAAAGGUGUGUGCCACCACACCUGGCUCGGCCCUUACUUUUUCUAGUUUAUUUCCUCACAGUCACUUCAUUCCUCUGACUGUAUCUUACUCCCCAGGCCUCCCCUGUUCCCCCCUCCCUGGAGCACUCACUAUUCCCCUUGCCUGCUAUGCCCUUCCUCACAGUUCCCUUAACCAACCCCAGAUCUCUGCCUCCCUCUCAGCUUGGCUUCCCAUGACCAUGUCAGAUACUCUUCCUGAUCUCAACACUUGUGACUCCCAUUUGCUGUCUUCUAUCUUUCCCGUAUGGCAGCUAAUGUUAUCUACCUCCAAAUUUCACCUGUUACCAUGGAGUAUGCUCCAGUCUCCCUCUGGCUUAUUGCUGUUUGUAGUGCAGUAGUGCUGGGUAUACCCUAGGUGCUUAAUGUGUGAUGAAUGAAGUGAUGAAUGCCUGUGAGGCUGACAUAGAUUGUACUCAUUUCUGUUUUAUGGACUGGCAAACCAAGGCUGAAUUACACAGAGCUGGGACCUUAUAGGGACCAACAGUGCCCACUGGUCUUGUCCUUCAGAAAAAAGGUUCUGCUCAGCUUGCUUUGUGACCUGGGCUAGUUAGUGGCUGACCUGUCUGUGCUGGUUCCCCAUCUGUCAAGUGAGAAUGAUGCCAGCCCCUGCCACCCAAGGUCUGUUGCUAGGCUGAACUGAGGUGUGCUUAGUGUCUGGUGAGCUGAGCUAACCUGGGCUGAGCUAACCUGGGCUCAGAGUCUGGUGAGCAGGAGGAACUCACCAUUGUUUCUGGAGUCAAGGGCAGCCAAGUGAGACCAGGCAGCUGCUUCCACCGCAGCCUCUUCGCUCGGGCACGGUGGGCGCCAUGAAGCUGAAUGAGCGCAGCCUGGCCUUCUACGCGACGUGCGAUGCACCAGUGGACAAUGCAGGCUUCCUAUACAAGCAUGGCGGCCGGGCCGGCUCGCACCGGCGCUGGUACGUGCUGCGCGGCAACAUGCUCUUCUACUUCGAGGAUGAGGCCAGCCGCGAGCCGCUGGGCGUCAUCAUGCUGGAGGGGUGCACGGUGGAGCUGGUGGAUGCGCGCCAGGACUUCGCCUUCGCAGUGCGCUUCGCAGGCGUCCGGUCGCGGCCCUAUGUGCUGGCUGCGGACAGCCAGGCAGCCCUGGAGGGCUGGGUGAAGGCGCUGUCACGGGCCAGCUUCCACUACUUACGCCUGGUGGUGCGGGAGCUGGAGCAGCAGCUGGCCGCCAUGCGGGAGGGGAGCCCCACCUCGGCCUUGAUUACAUCCUUGACCUCGAACCCAAGCCUGGCUCCGAACCUGCGGCCCAAGGAGAAUGGCCGGGCAGUGUGGAGUGCGCUGCCUGAGCAGCCAGCCACAGCCCCCAAGCGCCCCCCGCUGCCACCUCGACGCCGGGCCUCAACACCCAACGGGCCCUCGGCCUUGUCCUUCGCGAGGUUGCAUGACCACUACGGACAGGAGGUGCAGGCCCUCAGGAGCCAGUGGCAUGGGGCCCAUGGUGGCCAUUCUGGCCCUGCCAACCUGGAGGUCUCCUGUCAGCCCUCUGGUUCUGGUGGGACUCAGGCCCAGCCUUGAGAGGCUUGGUGACAGUGAGGGAAGUCCAGUGCAGAAGGCCCAGAGAGGCCUGGACUGAAGUUCUGAGAGCACCAGGUUCCCAGGGGAGGUAGGACUAUGUGACUCACAAGGCCCUCCUCUGGAGUCUGUGGUACCCAAUGCUGAAGGCUCAAGACCUAAUAAUACUCCUCAAAGCCCUCUGGGCUGGUUUCUAGAAAACUCUGGCCCUGGGCAGCCUGAGUGACCUUAGAGGUCCAUGCAACCCUCAGAGGCCUGGAGCUGGCCACAGUCCUAUGGGCCCAGGGUCCACCAGGUGCUGGGGCCUCACAAGGGUCUGAGGUCUGGACCCAGUAGUUGAGGCUUGGGCUACUGCUGAAGCAGCAGGUUGACGAACCCUUUGGAAGGCAUAGUGUGAGCUGACCAUGGCCCCAAGGCUCCUGGCAUGGAGCGGGUGGAGACAGGACUUUGCCCAGGCCUUGGCAGGCAGCUGGGCCUCAUACCUUUGCUGUUUCCUUGGGCUGGGGCGGGGCCUCUGGGAGUCACCUGACCCCCCCAGCCUUGGGCUUGGCCCAGCUGGGUUCACAGGGAGGAGACAGAAGCCCAGGGCUGGGUUAUCACCUUUGGGGAAGGGCCCAGGUGCAGUAGAAUCUCUCUGAAGGGCUACAAUGGGUGUCCUCUGGGGACAGUCCCCUGCUGGCUCCACUCCUCACCACAGUGCAGUUUCUCUCCCAGAGUUGUGCAGGAUAUCCUGCCAUACCUGGGUCAUGUUUACAGUCUUCAGUGCUCCACCCUGAGGACAUGGGGACACUGUCACUCCAACAUCUGCUUCUCCAGGCCACUCCUUUCUGCCCUGGGAGACCCUGGGCUGGGGACCCAUAAGGCUUCUGAUGCCAGGGCCUUUGGCUCCCUGCUGGCUCAGGGGCCCGCUUGGCUCUAGGUUUGAUUUUGAGGUACAUAGGGUACUCAGGUUUUUCUUUUCUCUGCCUUGUCCCCCUCGCCCCAAGCACUUUUGUUACUGUUGGCUGGCAGGGAGGGGAUGGUGCUCUGGCCCCAGGCUUGGACGGCACCGUCCCCAGGGAGCUGGAUCCUCGCAGGAGACACACAGGUGCCGGCCUAUGGCAGCUGAUUGGGUCCUUACCUCUUUGUUCUUUAGCCCUGCUGUCUUCACAGGUGCCUCUGGGGACUUGGUCCAUCCCUGUCCCUCCUGGUGGGGCCCAGCAGGAGGGCCAAGGUAGAGAUGCUGGUCUGGGAUGGGUUUACAAACUCAAAAGGUACAGAGACCUCAUCCUUGGCGGCAGUGGUGUAGAUGCCCCCUUCUCCUAAAGCACAAGAUGGGGUUCAGUUCCAGUUGACUCAGGCUAAGAGAGAUGUCAGCUUGCGGGCAGGGUACAAGGGCCCAAAUAAAAGUUGGUCAAGUCAUG